AUGUUGGCCACAGGGAAGGUGGACCACCUGACGGGAGAGAGAAAAAUCAUACCAGACUGUGUACUUGACUAUAACCUCAACAUGGGGGCAGUGGAUGAGGUGGACAUGAUAAACAGCUUUGUGGAAUGCACUCAGAAAACAACCAAGUGGUAUAAGAUAUUUUUCCAUCUGAUCAAAGCAACCCUCAAUGGCCACAUAGUGAGAUGGAACAAGGGAUUUUUUUGGUGGUCUCAGCAAGCCUGUGUGACGCCCUCUGUGAGUGGUGGUGGGCACAGAGAGUCCUCAGAGAGGAUGUUCCUAUGGGCAGGAAGCAAAGGAGCUCAGGGAUCAGGAAGUGAGAGAAGGACUAUUUAUCAGAAGGUCCGGGAGUAUGACGUGCUAGACAAGAGGAAGACAGUGACAGCGCUGAAGGCUGGGGAGGACAGAGCUAUUCUCCUGGGACUCAGCAUGAUCCUCUUCUCUGUGAUGAUGUACUUUGUGCUGGGCAUUACCAUGGUGCGCUCCUACUCAGACAGUGUGUGGACGGAGGAAUCCGGCUGCACUGUGCUCAACUCCACCAUCGUGGCGGAGAUUAACUGUACCUACAGCUGCGGCUCCGAGUGCUGGAAAAGCUCCAAGUACCCGUGCCUACAGGUGUUUGUCAGUCUCAACACAUCAGGAAAGGUUGUACGACUCUCCCACAAUGAGGAGGCACAGGACACCAACCCAGAGUGCUUCUAUGUGCCCAAAUGCCAGAAGGACUUCAAUGCUAUCCACACUGUAGUAGUGAAAAUCUUGGAGCGUCUGAAAACACAGCAGCAGGUGCUGUGUUACAUGGACCCAGGUGAACAGCAGGACAGUGCUCUACUGACACGCAUCUAUGGACGAUUGGCAGUGUUCCACUCACUCUUUUGGCCAACCUGCACCCUCAUUGGUGGAACCAUCAUCAUCGCCAUGGUGAAGCUCACCCAGUACCUGUCCAUCAUGUGUGAACAGGUGGGCAGGAUCAAAAGGUGAGAGUAAGUCCAGCGACAGGGGACAGGUGCCAGGCUACAAGGCCAGGGGACAGGAGCCAGGCUACAGGGGCCAAGGGAUAGGCUACAGUAGCAGCACAAGGUCCUGGUUUUCAUAUGCAGCCUAGGAAUCUUAAGGAAGCUCUUUUAUAUUCCAUUUGCGCUAAAGACUUGUGUAUGAGAGCUGAGCAACAGGAGAUCUGGGGGCUUAUAUGCCCCACAUGAUUCCUCUGGGCCUUCUGAGGAAAUCAAUAGGACUGAUAUGGGCUCCCGGCAGUUGUGUCAUGGCAGGUGAAAGUCAAUGACUUUGGGGCACAAUGAUUUUUCCUGGGAUCACUUUUCUGCACCUCCAUAAGUGGCACAAUCAUACAAAGUGAUGGCUUGAAAGAAGUGGCCAACACUGGACCUAAUCUGCCCUUGAACCCCUAGACAGCAUUGAUGAUCCAUUCACACUGUGAUGACAAGGCAGUGAUGCCAAGAGGGUUUGACCGAGACAACUAUGUCGAAGCAUUGUCCAGAAUACUGAUCUAAACUUGGCUCCUUGUGUUACUGGUAUUGGGUUGAGGGUUACACAACUACAGGCGGCUGGGGGCGACACCCCUAAACAAGGUGUUGACUAUCUAUGCUGUAACCCUGGGUCUGUAGAGACUCCAUUCCAAGCUAAUAGUUUGGGAUAAACACUUCCUUGCAAUAUGGUGUAGCAGUAAUUACAUAUCACAAUAGGUCUUAGUCACUAGGAUGAUUAGAUUGAAGUACAAUGCAACUUCCCAGGGCAACUGUUCAAUACAAAAUGCCUUAAUUUCUGGCCCUAAGACUGUGAUAGAUUGCCCAGCAUUUCAGAUAGGAAUUCUACAGGACCUUCUCUGAAAUGGGUAGAUAUACUGAGGCAAACUGCAUUUUCAGUGCCUGGGCGUGGCUGCAUAAAACACCUUAAGUUAAUUUCCCCCUCAUCUUUUUCUUUAAAGUUUCCUUAACUUUAAGUCAGUUGCACAAAACAUUUUAAGGUGAAUUUCCCCAUUAAAUUUAGUGAAAAGGUUAAGGGUUCCAGUGAGGUCCUUUAAGUGUUUCAUUCACUAUGGAUAUCAAUGUAAACAGCAUUUGUGGAGACGAAUGUUGCUUUCAUCUGCUCUGGUGACAAAAGGAAAACAUCAACCAGCUAGCUACUUAGCUAAACAAUGGAAGGUGCACAAUCCAUGGAUACAAAGCUAGCUGGCUAGUUAGCUAUAGCUACUCUGUAAGCUACUGUGGCUUGACGUACUAUAAAGCAAUAAAAACCAGUUGAGAAAAAAGUAUCUACAAGAAAUGCGGUUUAUUAUCUUCUGAAGCCAUUUGGUUGUCCUGUCUUGAUUGUAGAGGUUAUAUUUUGCUUUCUCACACAAUCAAAGCAUCUCUUUGACCAGCAUUUAUUCUCUGAAACAGGCUGUCUCCAUGGUAACAAGAUACUCUUUCUGCCAUACAUGCCUUCAAACUACCAUAGAACCCCUUUAAGUAUGCCUUUAACUAAUAAAAUAUUUGAGGGGCACUGCCGGGCGGCAGGGUAGCCUAGUGGUUAGAGUGUUGGACUAGUAACCGAAAGGUUGCAAGUU